CGUCUGAUGGGCGGCGUGCAGUCGCGUCUGAACUCCACACUUAACCCGCCUGGCGUCAAGCUGUACGCCACAAGUCGACGUUGGCAGACAUGUCUUCAGCUCCACAAUCACCGCAUUCUCCCACAGGAAAACAUCACGGCGUGCAUUCAAGAGUCGCCUCUUCACCUCCCAUCCCAUCUUUGAAGCUCCGCAACAUUCCGUCUUCACAGACCUCCCAUCGCCAACAACCAACCCUCCGCUCACCGCCUUCUCCGCGUUCCAAACUUUCGCUCUCCUUCCCAUCGUCUCCCCUUACAGACCGAACCCCAUUGUAUGGUUGGAUGCUCCUUAUUGCGACUGGAAUCUACUUUGUGGUGGGAAUGUAUAUGCUGGUUCCGUUGGGGAGACCAAGGAAGGAGAGCAUAACAAUAUCGACAAAAACCUCCAGUCGAGUAGCACCAGAUACCUAUUACACAUUCUUGAUCCCAUUGCUUGGACCCGUCACUGUCUUUUUCAUAUUCUUUAACUGGCUUGGACUCAAAUUUUUUCGACAUAAUGCAUAGCAUUUUUGAUAUUCAUUGCGAAAUUGCGAGAAUUACUGAGCUUAGAUUUCCACUUAUUAUUGAGAUGGGGAUGGAUAUUCUGGAUCAAGGCAGUCUUGCUCCA